UUUUUUUAUUGUAUUCAUUGGAGCUAACGACUGUCAUCUUCUUCGAUCGAUUUUACCUUGCCGGUGAUUCCACAGAGACUCUGUUGUUCGCCGACCAGAGAUCGAAACAUCCGGGGAGCUAGAAGAAUCGAAGAUUGUUAAUGGCGAAUCAAGGAGCUAAGAAGCGGAAAGAUGAAAACGCUCGACACAUGGCCAAGCUCCGUCGGAUCAUCAUCGCUUGCAAUGUUGUGUACGUGAUAGUGAGGAUGUUGAUUUUCUAUUCGAGCUUUACCUGGAGACAUUGGAUAGGCCUUGUGGUGACGUCGUUAGGUUACGCCGUUCCUUACAAGUUUCUCGAUGGGAUGGCUAAGCCAAGUGUUAGUGAUGAUGGUGAGCUUAUUGAUGGUGGUUUUGACAUGAGCAGUGGUGGUAUUUGUGGAUAUUUGCACGAUGUACUCUACAUCACUUGCUUCGUGCAGCUAGCAUCUAUCAUCUCUGGAAAGUUUUGGUACGCCUAUCUAGUGAUUCCUGCAUUUGGAUCAUACAAAGCUUCUGGACUUAUUAAAGGAUUCAUGUCACAAGGAUCAGAGGGAGGUGUAGAGGAUGAGAAAACUCGCAAAAAGAGGGAGAAGAUGGAGAGAAAAGCUUCUAGAGGGCAAGCCGUCAGGACAAGAACACGGUGAACGUAUUAACAAUGUCUUUAGCAACAUAACUUGGGAAAAGCUUUCUUUAAUCAUGUAAUACUGCAUAUCUAACGAGCAACAAUACUCACUCUUUGGCUUUGCGAAAUCCUUUGUUGUACGGACGAAGCUGACUUUACACUGUUUUAGUUAAAUGAAUGUUGUUAAGAUUGAGAUUUCUA